AUGCGUCCGCACUAUGCUGUAACCGCACUGCAUCCUGGAUCCAAAGAAGCUCAUGCAUUGACAGCUCAAUUCGUCCAAAAUGUCUGGAUUGAAAGCUAUGACCCCACCAUCGAGGACUCCUACCGCAAACAGAUCGAAGUCGAUGGUCGGCAAUGUAUACUGGAAAUUCUCGACACGGCAGGAACAGAACAAUUCACGGCCAUGAGAGAACUCUACAUGAAACAAGGCCAAGGUUUCCUCCUCGUCUUCUCGAUCACGAGCGCCUCCUCCCUAAACGAACUCUCCGAACUUCGCGAACAAAUCAUCCGAAUCAAAGACGACGAAAAAGUGCCCCUCGUAAUAGUCGGCAACAAAUCCGACCUAGAAGAAGACCGCGCUGUCCCCCGCGCCCGCGCCUUCGGCCUCUCCCAAACAUGGGGUAACGCCCCCUACUACGAGACCUCCGCCCGCCGCCGCGCAAAUGUAAACGAAGUCUUCGUCGACCUGUGCCGACAAAUCAUCCGCAAAGACCUGCAAGGCUCCGGCGGGAGCGAUUCGCGGAAGCGAGAGAAUCCUGCCCGAGACCGCAAGCGAGAAAAUCGCUCCCAGCGCCGGAGAAGUCCUUGUGUCAUUCUCUGA